UCCAAUAAUUUUCUAAUAGCGACAAAACGUACCCAAUUAGCUUGUUAACAUGUUGGCUUAAAAGUUAUAAUGAGAUAAAAGAAAGUCCCCUGCCUGAGCUUCUUUAAAAAUAUGGUGUGUGUGCCCUUUUGGCAGAAGAAAGUCCCUUACCCUUUGAAUUUCUGCUCUUUCUCCUCCAUUUGCGGUUUUGUACUGAGGUUUGUUGUUUCCGUUGCUUUGUUGCAUUUGACAUUAUGCGCAUUAAAUGCGCUUGGAAUGCUCUGCUUCCUCCGGCUGCUAGGACUCCUGCUUCCUUCCACAAACACAAACUGCCACUGACAAUGAUAAGCGGGCGAGGAGGAGAGCCGGAAGUGUCGGUAAGGAGGCAGGAGAGCCGGGAGCUAAGAACCAGGAGCCUGAAGACAGGAGCCGGGAGCCGGGAGCUGGGAGUCGGAAGACUGCAGACAGAGGUAGACAGCUGCCAAAGCGCUUUGUAAAUUAUGUCGUUGAGGGGCUUCAGCUCGAGUGGGUUUUAUGGGGAAAGUAACCAAAACCGGAAUAAAAGCACUACCGUAUGGCAGGACAUAAACAUGUGUGUUCGAAAGUUUCCGAGCUUGGGGCACAAUGGCUGCUCUGCCUUUAAUUAAAUAUGUACAAACCUGGAGGUUGCCGCGGUGUGAAAGUAAUUUGAGUUUAAUAUUCAUGCUAAUUUAAAUAUGAAAACGCAGUUCGCGGAUUACAGUGCGUAUACGUAAUGCUUAGCUUGAUUGCUGGUUUUUAGAGCACUUUAGAUGGGGGUUUGAUUUAAAUUACAUUAGUGGCAUGCGGAUAUACGUUUUAAAAAGAAUGGCAGUUUCUUGUGUGACAUCAGUUCAGUUUCAAAAGGCCAUAAAAAAUGAGGCAAAUAAAACUCUUAGUCUGGUUACUGGUCGGCGGAGUGGUUUCCUCAACGGAACAACUGCAAUUCCUAAAGAAUUUCCUAGAAGCGGUGCACAAAGAGAGAUCUAUUUCAACUAUUCUUCUCAUGCAAAGGAAAGUUCAUAAACAUGAUUUUUUGCACGGACUUUACCCCAUAUCCUGGCCUAUAAUUCGCUUGGACGAAACUAAAAGAGUUGAACUAGUAAACAAUUUUAACAAGGACAUCCUGGCCCUUGUUUAUAUGGAAGCUGAGGAGGAUACAUUGCUACUUUCGGCAUUGGCUGCCGAUUUCAAUCAUAUUAGAGACGCGAGGAUUAUGAUCUGGUUACAGAUGAGCCCUUCGGAAACUUUUCUUGAAAAUAUUGUUUUUCAGGCAUCUAAAGAGAAGUUUCUUAAUCUCGUGGUAAUAGAAAAUACAUUAAAAACUCGACGAUUUUAUCCAUUUCCCCAGCCAACGGUGCAAGUUAUCGACAAACCUUUCGAAGAAAAGGAAAUAUAUCCCGCUCUUUGGCGCAACUUUAUGGGCAAAAAUGCAAUAGCUGUGCCCGACUUGGUGCCACCACGGAGCUUCUAUUCUUUUAAUCCAAAAACCGGUCAUAGAACGCAAAGUGGAUCUGUCUACAAAGUCUUUAAAGCCUUUACGCAGAGAUACAAUAUUACCAUGCUCCUGAAAUGGCCACUCAACACAAAUACUACCCAAGAGGAAAUUAUCGAAAGGACUGUUCGGGGAGAGAUAGAUUUACCACUAACCGGGCAGUUGAUUAGCUUUAGACACCCAAACGGAAGUAGGGCUCAGCCUCUUUUAGGAAUGACAGCCCUAUCCAUUGCCGUUCCUUGCGGCCCGGAGUUGCCAAUGUUUGAUCGGUUCUUUUUGGUCUACGGACUGGCUACACCCAUCACCAUAGCUGGAUACUACGUCCUGCUAAACACCAUAGAGAUCAUACUUGUAACCCUAAGCGAUCGAGUCAAACGCCAUCCAAGACAUGAGAAGAUCCUAAACCUGGUGCUCAACCUACGGGUGUUCAGUUGCAUUCUGUCCCUGCCCACUCCACAAGGGAAUCGACUUAGGUCCGUCAAGGGUCAGCUGACCAUGGUGAUGAGUAUCACAGGGCUCAUUCUGUCCUGCAUUGUGGCAGCACAAACGAGUACUAUUCUCACCAUGAAGCCCCAAUAUCGGCAUAUCAAGAACUUUCAGGAACUACGCGACAGUAACAUAACCGUGGUUUGUAACCACCUUAACUACAUGACCAUCAAGCAGCAAAUGGAUCCCAAGUUUUUAGCCAAGUUCAUGCAGAACAUCUGGAUUGUGAGCAGCAUUGAGCAGAUGAAGAUGAUCUUUGAUUUGAAUACGAGCUAUGCCUACCAGACAUUCUCCUACAAAAGAGACCCCUUUACGCUGCUUCAAAUGCACACUACCCGUAAGGCGUUUUGUAGGACCCCGGAUCUAGAAGUGGUCAGUGGACUCGCUUAUACUGCGGUUCUCGAAAAGAAUUCGAUCUACGCACUGCCCUUGCAGGACUACACCCUUCAGGUCUUUAGUGCCGGUCUGGUCUAUUACUGGGCGGAAGAGGCUAUUCGGGAUCUUAUCUCCACCGUGAGGCACUCACAAUUGGAAAAGCUACCCAUUGUAAUCGGAUAUCAAUCUCUGAAGCUGCAGGAUUAUAAAUGCUGUUGGAUGAUUCUCCUAUUCGGUGGCGCUCUAGCCUUUUGUGUAUUCAUCGUGGAAGUUGUCGUGGGCUCCAAAAAGCGAGGAAUAUGAAAGACAAUAGACAGGAAAAUAUGUUAUAAAAUGUUAAAUAUUAUAAAUCAUAAUCAAAUUGCAAUUUUCAAUGCUUAGUUCGCUUAGAAAGCUUUCUUAACGUAAUAAAAAUUUAAAUUGUAUGUUCUAAUCAAAAAAGCACCGUGUGUUCAAUUCUCAAAUAUAAAGCAGUCAUUUUAAAAGGGGGUUGCCAAAAGCGUAUACCUGUCUUAUUUAUUUUCACUGUGAUAAUUGCACAAUUGUAUUAAUAAUAAUUUCAAUGAAAAGCCUCAGGUUGCGUAGUUGAGAUGGAAUAUGUAGCGUUUAAAUUGAUUACAGGCUGGCAGAGCUUUUUAGAUGGGCGUCCGAUUUAAAAUGCAUUAUUGCAAAGAUGCACGGAUAUGAGUUUAAAAUGGGAAUGCACAAUUCCAAGUGAUUUUAGUUCACUAGAAUUAAUCCAGAAGUCAUGAGGGAAGCUCAAAUAAUUAUUUUCUUGUUGGCAAGUGCUGCAGCAGUGACUGUGAAACAAUAUGAGUUCCUUCAAAGUUUCCUGAAAGCAGUGGAGCAGGAACAAACGAUUACCACUCUUUUGAUGAUGCAAAGCCACGUUCAGAAAAAGAAUCUUUUUCAAGGACUAUAUCCGUUACCCUGGCCCAUAAUCCAUAUGGAUGAAACUCAAAGAAUUGAGUUGGUUAACCACUACAAUAAGGGAAUCAUGGCUCUGCUCUACAUGGAUUCUGAGCAGGAUAUAUUCCUCCUCUCAUCAUUGGCUGCCAAUUUAAAUCACAUGCGAGAGGCCAGGAUUGUGAUUUGGCUAGAGCUCGAGCCUACGGAAAAGUUUCUCGGAGAUAUGGCAAAGCAAGCAGAUGUACACAAGUUCCUUAAUAUUUUGCUAAUAGAAAGAACCUUACAACUUUUGCGCUUUUUUCCAUUUCCUCAACCGAAGUUCGAAAGACUCGAAAAGCCCCUUGGAAAGUCUAAUAUUUUCCCAGUCCUAUGGUAUAAUUAUAUGGGAAAAAUUGCUUUGACACUAGAUCACUUGGUGGAACCACGAAGUUUCUACUGGACGGAUCCCAGUACGAAUGUAAAACGACCCACAGGAUAUAUUUACAAGUUGAUUACAAAUUUUGCCGAGCAGCACAAUAUCACUUUGCAACUGGACAGUCCUCCAAGCGAAGAUAUGUCCCAAAUAGAAAUCAUCGAAAGGACUCUUCAUGGAGAGAUAGAUCUGGCCAUAACUGGACAGACGAUAAACUCGAGACAUGCGAGCGGGAGCAGGAUUCACUGCUUCCUCGGAAUGGCAUCAAUGUCCAUCGUAGUGCCCUGUGGACAGGAAAUGUCGGCCUAUGAACGGUUCCAUGCCGCUUAUUCAUUUCGUGCGCCGAUUAUAUUUUUCGGAUUUUACAUUUUUCUAAGCCUUGUAGAUUUUCUUCUUAGAACCAUAAGCGAUCGAAUCCGGCGAAAUCCAAGGCGUAUUCCCCU